CUUGCUGAAAAGCUGGUGUUUAAUUGAGCGAAGAUGUAAAAAUCAAUCAGACCUUUAAUCUGGGGCAAUGUGAAUAUUUUGGGAAAUGGUAAUUCACUUGAAAAACAUGUACCACAUGAAUCGCAAGAAAAUAGAAGAAAAUGGAUUAAUUUGUAGUAAAAGAAAACAAAUUUGAAUGGAAUUCGAAAUUGAUAAAAGUAACCCAGCUGAGGCGUGUUGAUCGGCCGCGUUGUCUUGGUUCAGGAUAGCGUCAGUGUUAGCUUUAAUCGCCAUGAAACUCAAGACAUAUUUUGGACUUCUUCUAGUGGCGAGUGUAUUGUGCACCGCUUUUUGGGCUUUUAAUUCAAGAGUUAUCCAAACGGAGCUUUUUAUAAAUCCGUCCUCAGUUCUACAAAGAUAUUCCCGACGAAUGGAGGACAUUUGGAAUACUGAGAGGCAAGCUGGGAAAUCCAGUGGCUUUCGAACAGGAAAGUCAGAUGAUGACGAUGAAGAAAGUCAAACGUCAAGUGAUAUCCAAGAACUUGUCCAAAAGUUGAUGAAUCAAUCUGCAAUCAAUAAAAAAGAACAAGUAAAGAUCGUCAGUCGAGUCAAGGAAAGCGAUACGAUAGAAAGUUGUAUUCCUCAGGAUACCAUUGUCUUCCUCAAGACCCACAAGACAGGAAGUAGCACCCUUACCAAUGUUUUCAAUCGUUAUGCAGAUCUAAGAGAGCUCACCGUAGCAUUGCCAAUAAUUGGAUACAAUAGAUUUCGGUGGCCUCUUCAUUUCCAUUGGACGUCAGUCGACAUGUACAGACUUGGUCAGAAUUAUGCGAAUUUUUUAACCAACCAUGCUAGAUACUCCAGGGCAUCUAUGGAUGCGAUUAUGGAACUUGACUCUCUAUACAUAACUAUCUUGAGAAAUCCGGUGUAUCAGUUUGAGUCAAUGUUUGAUUACAUGGAAUUUAGUAAAUUAUUGGGGCUUCAUAAUGCUUCUGACCCAAUACGUAGGUUCUUAUUGAAGCCAUACGAGUAUCUUCGUAAUAUGACUAUCGCCCAGAGAGGGUUCCCGGAGACUGCAAAUCUAAUUCGAAAUGGAAUGUUCUUUGACUUAGGAUUGAAUCCACGCAGCUAUGAUAACAGAACUUUGAUUAUGAAGGAAAUAGAGAAGAUUGAUAAAGAAUUCUUCUUGGUGUUGAUAAUGGAAUAUUUUGAUGAAAGUCUAGUUCUAAUGAAAAGAGAACUGUGUUGGGAUUUGGAAGAUAUUGUCUACGUCAAGCAAAACCAAAGACAUAGCAAGAAAAGUGAGAUGUUAACUCCCAGUUUAAAAGCAAUGAUUGAAAGAUGGAACGGUGCUGAUGUUCUUUUAUAUCGCCAUUUCAAUAAAACAUUUUGGAGGAAAAUCAAAGAACAUGGGGAUGACUUUUAUAAAGAUUUAAAAGAGUUUCGAAUUAAAAACCGUCAAGUACAGCAAGAUUGUCUUUCCCCAGUGGCAGCAAAAGAAAGAGCUUUCAAACUAACCAAAGAAGUCAGGAAGCUGCAACUAAAUCCUCUCGUUUCGAAUUUUGACAGAUAUUUCUGUGACAAGAUAUUGACAAACGAGGUUGAUUAUCUAAAGUAUUUUCGCUUGAAAUUUAACCCGAUAUUUGGAUAUCAGAGACAGUUAAAACUGGAACGUCUUCCUCAAUUGGAAGCAGGACAGAAAGAUCAAUCGAACCAGCAACCCGUAGUUCAAUUCCUUUGGAGUUCCAAAUGAAUAUUCUAUUGAAAAGAAAAUGUUGUCACACUUUUUUAUGUGUUUCAUUUAUAUGGACUAUGUAAAUAAAAUCUAAAAUUGUAUUGCAUGUUUUAAAUGAAAACGGAUCAUGCUAUGUUAACGGCUUGUUAACGGGGACGCCGGCAGAUCGGGAACAAACGUUUUAUUUAUCCAUAUGACCGAUCACUCUGCGUAACUUUUGACUCUGACGCUAUUUUUAAAAGUAGCUGUGAAAAUCCCUUUGGAGCCGUCUUUAUUUACAUAAUUGCUAUAUAUUUGCAUCUUUCUCAGUUUAUUCAAUUCUGUAGACCUGAAGAUAUUGUCGUCUAUUUUUCUCUGGUCUUUAUAUUAAAUUGUCUAUCACAAGUUAA